CAUGCAUAUCGGUGGAGGUUUUCAGAUCUUCAAAAAGCCGCAACCAAAGAGACCUGAAAGUCGAAAGACAGAGAGGUCAGGAGAGACAGAGAGAGGGUCCUCCGAUACCCUCUUCUUUAUCUUCUUCUCUCUCGUGAACGCCUCCGUGUCCUUCCAACAUAUCCUUUCUCGGUUAUCUGGCUCGUCUCGGGCUUUUCUUGAUCAACGGUUGUUGCUCGUGAUUGGGUGGGUUACUUUCUGGAAGAUUGCUCUCGGCUGUAGUAUGUUCAAAGAUGUUUCUGCAAAGGUACCAGAUGGUAUAUAAUGGUGUCUGUUGUUGAGGUGCAACAACUAGCUUAGCAAGUGAUGUCCUUUGUAUAAUCACCAUCAAGAUGUGGAGUUUUGCAUCCAGUGGCUUAUCUGGGAGUGUUAGAUCGAAAAACAACUGUCUAAAGCAAACUCAGGUUGCUUCGGAAUGCUCAGAUGAUGAGGUGUCAUCUAUUGUCAGUAGAGAGGAAGGUCUGGAGUGCCAAAUAUGCUGUGAAUCCUUCAAUAUCUGUGAAAAUGUACCCUAUGUGUUAUGGUGUGGCCAUACCCUAUGUAAAAAUUGCAUCCUUGGACUACAAUGGGCUGUUGUGAAAUUUCCUACUCUACCAAUUCAGCUUCCGCUUUUUAUAUCCUGCCCAUGGUGCAAUCUAUUAUGCUUUCGUCUGGUAUACAAAGGGAACCUCAGGUUCCCUCGGAAGAAUUACUUUUUACUUUCGAUGGUUGAGAGCAUGAAUGGUGAUAGACUGAAGUCUCAUGAUGGCUUCUGUGAAAGUCACUACGAUCCAGAUUGGACAUCAAGCUGCAGUGUAGCCCAGGGAAAUCAGGUAACCCAUGGUAACGUUAGGAGGGGACGGCACAUUCAUAAUCCAGAGCCAUCAGUUCCAAACCACAAUGGAACUCAUGCCAGUUAUCUCAAUGCAGAAGGACUCCAUGCUUCCCUUCGGAAGUCCCUGGUUUUCUUUGUUCACCUGACAGCGAAGUUUCCAUUGGUCCUCAUAUUUAUUCUGAUCGUCCUAUAUGCAAUACCUGCCAGUGCAGCCAUCUUGGUCCUGUACUUUCUUGUCACAGUUCUUUUUGCUUUUCCAUCAUUUCUUAUACUGUACUUUGCAUAUCCUAGUUUGGAUUGGCUUGUGAGGGAAAUCAUAACCUGAGAUUGCUGUUAGCUUUUGUUUUUUUGUUUGUAAGCACUGUGAAUAGAAGUAUGCAAUAAGCUUCUCGAUUGAAACAUGUUUGCUGAACUGCUGCAUUGGCUGAAACUGGAGCUCUGUAAUUUGAGGGACUUCUGAGGGCUUCCAUGUUACUGUAGCUUUCGAUUCCAAGCUGUCUGAUCUCACUGUUCCCAUAGCUUUGGAAGUUUGGAAUUAUUUCAGCCAGUGUAUAUUUAGCUGUGUGAAAGGUAUGAUUUUAUUACUGGAAUUUGGUGGUUUUGGGUGGCUUGGAAUGCCCUGAUUUAAAAAACACCAUCCUUUGCAAAUGGUUGCUGGUUAAUAUUUGUAAAUAUUAUCGUUAUUUAGUAUAAACUACUACCAGAAAGAUAAAGAGUGUUGUUUGUAUAAAGACCAAUUUUGUUGUGGUUGCGGUUGC